CCGCGCGCUGCUUCAUGGACCGGAAGUGGGGGGAAGUGUCGCGGGGCGCGCAGGGCCUUGCUGAACGCCGGCAGUUCCUGCCGUUGCCGCCGCCCUCGGCUAUUGCCGAGGCCUUCCAAAGCAGCCAUGUCCGCCAGCGCCGUCUACGUACUGGACCUGAAAGGCAAGGUGCUCAUCUGCCGGAACUACCGUGGGGAUGUGGACAUGUCGGAGGUGGAGCACUUCAUGCCCAUCCUGAUGGAAAAGGAGGAGGAGGGCAUGCUGUCACCCAUCUUGGCCCAUGGCGGCGUGCGCUUCAUGUGGAUCAAGCACAACAACCUCUACCUGGUCGCCACUUCAAAAAAGAAUGCUUGUGUGUCGCUGGUAUUCUCCUUCCUCUACAAGGUGGUGCAGGUCUUCUCUGAGUACUUUAAGGAGCUGGAGGAGGAGAGCAUCCGAGACAACUUCGUCAUCAUCUACGAGCUACUGGACGAGCUCAUGGACUUUGGCUACCCACAGACCACAGACAGCAAGAUCUUGCAGGAGUACAUCACUCAGGAAGGACACAAGCUGGAAACGGGAGCCCCUCGGCCCCCAGCCACCGUCACCAAUGCUGUGUCCUGGCGCUCAGAGGGCAUCAAGUACCGGAAGAACGAAGUGUUCCUGGACGUCAUUGAAGCCGUUAACCUCUUGGUCAGUGCCAAUGGCAAUGUGCUGCGCAGUGAGAUUGUGGGCUCCAUCAAGAUGCGCGUCUUCCUCUCAGGCAUGCCUGAGCUGCGCCUGGGCCUCAACGACAAGGUCCUCUUCGACAACACAGGCCGAGGGAAGAGCAAGUCGGUGGAGCUGGAGGAUGUGAAGUUCCACCAGUGCGUGCGGUUGUCACGCUUUGAGAACGACCGCACCAUCUCCUUCAUCCCUCCCGAUGGAGAGUUUGAACUCAUGUCCUACCGCCUCAAUACCCACGUGAAGCCUUUGAUCUGGAUUGAGUCUGUGAUUGAGAAGCAUUCCCACAGCCGCAUCGAGUACAUGGUCAAGGCCAAGAGCCAAUUCAAGCGGCGGUCAACAGCCAACAAUGUAGAGAUCCACAUACCGGUCCCCAACGAUGCUGAUUCGCCCAAGUUCAAGACUACAGUAGGGAGUGUCAAGUGGGUCCCCGAGAACAGCGAGAUCGUGUGGUCCAUCAAGUCCUUUCCGGGUGGCAAGGAGUACCUCAUGCGGGCCCACUUUGGUCUUCCCAGUGUAGAGGCCGAAGACAAGGAGGGCAAACCUCCCAUCAGUGUCAAGUUCGAGAUCCCCUACUUCACUACCUCUGGCAUCCAGGUGCGCUACCUGAAGAUCAUUGAGAAGAGCGGCUACCAGGCGCUGCCCUGGGUGCGCUACAUCACACAGAACGGAGAUUACCAGCUCCGGACCCAGUGAGGGGCCUCUGCAACCACCCCAGCCCACCCGGCCUCAGGACGCAUCUGCCACACGCACCAAAACUGAAGCUGGAGGGUGGCUCUGGACAUAAGCAGCAACCCUCCUCAAUCCUGCGUGAACCCACGCAGAACCUCUUCCCUGAUCCCAUUCUGUUCUGGGGUGGGAAGGAAGGGCCUGCCAGCCCUCCCCAGAGACAAGCCAGCUUGAGCCUUGGCUCCUGGUGCCACAUGCCUGGCCACUCGCCACCCUGUGGAUGCCAUCCUCGCCCACCACCAGGGUCUCCUUUCGCUGCCAUUUUGUUGAGCAUGUUGAUCACUGUCAUUUGUCACACGUGUCCUGUCACACGUGUCCUGUCACACGUGUCCUGUCACACGUGUCCUGUCACACGUGUCCUGUCACACGUGUCCUGUGCAGUCACCACGCAGCACUCAGUGAGGGCGGCUGUCCCUCUGACACUGCUCCAUGUCCAGGAGUGUCGCCUGGCUGGCUGUGCUUCCCAUGCCAGCCCCAGGCCACAGCAGUGUUUCCCCGAGAGGGGACAUGGCCUCUCAGCCUUCGCCCCCGAGGGUCCCUGGGCAGGCACAGGCUACUGUCACUAUACAGGGCCACUUUGCCCUCUACCCCGUGUGACAAUUGCAUUAAAGUCCAUUUGUUACA